UCGUCUCGCGAUGGACAAGAUUCACAGACUCAAUGUCGUGCAUCGGCUGGAGAAGAGAAGCCUUCUUAUAGCAAUAAACUGCAUUGCAGGUCUUUCUAUUCUCUUCUUCGGUUAUGACCAAGGAAUGAUGGGAGGCGUCAACACGGCGUACGAUUACUACACGCGAAUGGGCUUCGGUCACAAAGGACCUGACGGCGGAGUCGUCGUAGACAAUGAUCUCCUCCAGGGUGGCAUAGUCUCAGUCUACUAUCUCGGAACUUUAGUAGGCUGUCUCGUAGGAGGUUCGUUCGGAGAUCACUUUGGCCGCAUCAAGACUGUGUUCCUUGGAGCUGCCGUCGGAGUCGUGGGUGCAGCGCUGCAAACUUCCGCCAUGAACCACGAAUGGAUGAUCUGCGCGCGCCUCGUCAACGGCUGGGGAACAGGAAUCCUCAACGCCAUCAUACCUGUUUGGGCUACCGAAACCGCUGAGCACACUUCGCGCGGCCAGUUCAUUGCAAUCGAGUUUACGCUCAACAUUCUCGGUGUGGUGAUUGCGUAUUGGCUUGAGUACGGGUGCUCGUUUUACGGCGACGGCACCUCGUCUUUUAUCUGGCGCUUCCCCAUCGCUUUCCAGAUUCCCAUGCUCCUCAUCCUCAUGGGUGCCGUUCUAUUCUUCCCUGAAUCGCCGCGCUGGCUGGUGAAAGCUGGACGAGAGGAAGAGGCGAGGUAUAUUCUAGGGCGCCUUCGAGGCGACACAGAUCCCUCCGAUAAAGAGAAAGCCGAGGCCGAGUAUCAAGACAUUAUAUCGUCCUGUGAGCUCGAACGUAAGGAGUUCAAACAGCAAACAUACUACCACAUGCUCUUCGGCAUCAACUCAGGCCGUCUCCACACAGGACGACGUGUGCAGCUCGUCAUCUGGCUCCAAAUCAUGCAGGAAUGGGUCGGAAUAGCAGGAGUAACCAUCUAUGCCCCGACCAUCUUCGGCAUCGCAGGCAUGAGCCCCGCGAAGCGACAAUGGAUCGCCGGCCUGAACAACAUCUUCUACAUGUUCUCCACGCUCAUCUGCGUCUUCACCCUCGAUCGCAUCGGGCGCCGCUGGACGCUCUACUGGGGCUCUGUGGGACAGGGCAUCGCCAUGGCGCUGGCAGGCGCCUUUUCGUACCUAGGCCAGCGCGCUACAGCCGUCGACGACGCCGCCAAAGCCGCAAGCUACGGAAACGCAGCCGUAUCCAUGGUUUUCCUCUUCACCUUCGUGUUCGGCGCCACCUGGUUGACAGUGCCGUGGCUCUACCCGGCCGAAAUCUUCGGCCUCGAGAUCCGCGCAAAGGGCAACGCUUGGGGCGUUGUCGGCUGGUCGAUUGGAAACGGCUGGCUGACGCUGCUGUGCCCCAUCAUGUUCAAGAACAUUGGCGAGAAAACUCUGUAUAUCUUCGCCGCUUGCAACAUCAUCUCUAUCCCGAUGGUCUGGGCUUUGUACCCCGAGACCAACCAGCGCACCCUCGAGGAAAUCGAUCUCCUCUUCGCGUCGGACAGUAUAUGGAAUUGGGAGGCGGAAAAGAAUUUCGCGAGGAUGAAGGAGGAAGGGGUGCAGGUCGUGAGGAGGAGUUCCUUGAACGAUGUGGAGCACGGGAAUGGGAGGAAAGCGAGUGUGGUCAAGGAUGUGCAUCAUCUCGAGGCACCGCCAAAGGCUGAAUUGUAGGGUUGUUUGAGCGAGUUUGAAAGUAUUCCUGUUGAUGUGAUAGUAAGUGACUAGGCCUGAAUCUAACUAAGCAUGAUCGUGACAUGGAAUUGUCCCCCCCCUUUUUUUUUCUUUGUUUAAGUUUAUUUGCCUUUCCCUUCUAUAUAUAGCAAAUAUAAACGAAAAGGUCAAGUUCAGAGGGAAAUGAAGAAGAAAGAAGGGAGGGGGGAACUAGGGAAGAUUACUAAGUGGAGAGUUGGACGGAUGAUGCAUCGCCGGGGAAAAAAAAACUACUAAAAACUUAGGUACCUACCCCACACACCCAACACCGCGAACCCAAGGAAAAAUUUCCUCCGUCGUCAUUCGUCCAAAUUUUUGUGGAAACCAACAGCUUCCGUCUAGACCCUUUUUUUUUGUACCGGAUAU